GGGCGGGGCUCCGCUAUCCCGGUCUGGAUUCUUCACUCGGGACUCGGGACUCGGGAGCGCGAGACGAGCUGAACGCGAAUGCAGCCAUAUUCGGCUUCACCGAGAAGCACACCGGCAGCGCAGGCAUACACGCAAGAAUUCGCCUAUUUAGAAAAAGCACCCAGUCCCGGUUGUCGGAGGGCGUAUUUAUGUAGGUUAAAGGCGUGUGUAGUUCUUCAUUUGGGAGUUUAUAAUUGAAGAUUUCCAGUUGAGCGGAAUGAGCGUCCAGUCAUCCUGAGAUUCGACGGGAGAAAAAGACCGACACAUCCCGCAAAGUGGAAAGUACAGAUUUGUCCGGAUUAAGGCAAAUGGAGCCGCCAGGGCCUCGGGAGUGAGGAGGGGGUGGAGACGCUGGAAACCAGCGGACAACAACGGGGUUAGGCGCAUUAGGUCUUCAUUUAUCUGAGCACAAUGUUGGGCACAUUUUGCUAGCUGGAUGGUUGGCUAGCAGUUGGAGUCUGGGACUUUCGAGCUCCACACAUAUCAGCCAGAUAAAUACUAUUUGUAUAUAUUUAUAGCGCUAAUCCCCGUUAUAUUAAUUUCGACAAUAUUUGUUUUAUCCUUUCUGGCUCUGGGAGUGGUAGCCAGGCCGCUAAAUUGGUAGAAAAUGUCUGCGAAGGUGCGCCUGAAGAAGUUGGAGCAGUUGCUGCUGGAUGGCCAUCAGAAAAACGACAAGUCAUUGAGUGUGGAGACUCUGCUGGAUAUCCUCAUAUGUUUAUACAACGAGUGCAGCAACUCGCCCUUAAAACGAGAAAAACACGUGACGGACUUUUUGGAAUGGGUGAAGCCAUUCACAACCACCGUGAAGGAGAUGCGCCUUCACAGAGAUGACUUUGAGAUGCUCAAAGUGAUUGGCAGGGGAGCCUUCGGAGAGGUUGCUGUGGUGAAGAUGAAACACACCGAACGUGUUUACGCCAUGAAAAUUCUCAACAAGUGGGAGAUGCUGAAGAGGGCCGAGACGGCGUGUUUCCGGGAAGAGAGGAACGUCCUGGUGAAUGGAGACUGCCAGUGGAUCACUACCCUGCAUUAUGCUUUCCAGGAUGACAACUACCUGUACUUAGUGAUGGAUUAUUACGUGGGAGGCGACCUGCUGACUUUGCUUAGUAAAUUUGAGGACCGACUCCCGGAGGACAUGGCCAAGUUCUAUGUGGCAGAGAUGGUGCUCGCUAUCCACUCCAUCCAUCAGCAGCGCUACGUACACAGGGACAUAAAACCAGACAACGUGCUACUGGACAUGAACGGUCACAUCCGUCUCGCCGACUUCGGCUCCUGUCUGAAGAUGAUGCAAGAUGGCACGGUCCAGUCAUCAGUGGCUGUGGGCACCCCAGACUACAUCUCCCCUGAGAUCCUGCAGGCCAUGGAGGAUGGCAUGGGGAAAUACGGGCCAGAGUGUGACUGGUGGUCUCUAGGAGUCUGCAUGUAUGAGAUGCUCUACGGCGAGACGCCCUUCUACGCUGAAUCCUUGGUGGAGACCUACGGGAAGAUCAUGAACCACGAGGAGCGUUUCCAGUUCCCCUCUCACAUCACGGAUAUGUCCGAGGAGGCUAAAGACCUGAUCCAGCAGCUGAUCUGCAGUAGAGAGCGUCGGUUGGGUCAGCACGGCAUCAAGGAGUUCAAGAAGCACCCUUUCUUCUCUGGCAUCGACUGGGAGAACAUUCGCAACACAGAGGCACCGUACAUCCCUGACGUCAGCUCUCCCUCAGACACCUCCAACUUUGAUGUAGACGAUGAUGUGCUGAAAAACCCAGACAUCGCUCCCCCAGUAUCUCACACAGGUUUCACCGGGCAGCACUUGCCCUUCGUGGGCUUCACCUACACCACAGACAGCUGUUUCUCAGACCGCAGCAGCGUGAGGAGGGUGGCGCUGGCAGAUGGAGGCGCCGGGGAGGAUCUCCAGGAUGGGGGUCUGCAGGUGGAAGCUUUUGAGAAGAGGAUUCGCUGUCUGGAGCAGGAGAAACAGGAGCUCAACCGCAAGCUGCAGGAAUCCACUCAGGCUGUUCAGUCCCUCCAUGGCUCUGGGCGUGGGGCUGGCACACUUGGUCGUGAUAAAGAGAUAAAAAAACUCAAUGAGGAAAUCGAUCGGCUCAAAAAGAAACUGGCAGACUCUGAUAGGCUGGAGCACCAGCUCGAGGAGGCAGUGACUUUGAGACAGGACUUUGAAAGUUCCUCCAGCAAACUAAAGGCCCUGGACAAACAAGUCAAAGCUCUCAAGCAGGAGAAGGAGGAUAUCCAUAAGCAACUGAUGGAGUCUCUGGAUCGCCUGAAGUCUCAGACCAAGGAGCUGAAGGACGCCCACCAGCAGCGGAAGCUGGCCAUGCAGGAGUUCUCGGAGCUGAACGAGCGCAUGGCCGAGCUGCACUCGCAGAAGCAGCGUCUGUCGAGGCAGCUGCGGGACAAGGAGGAGGAGAUGGAGGUGGUGAUGCAGAAGAUCGACGCUAUGCGCCAGGACAUCCGCAAAACCGAGAAGGCCCGCAAAGAGCUGGAGUCUCAGCUGGAGGAUGCGCGUGCCGAAGCCUCUAAGGAGCGUAAGCUCAGAGAGCACAGUGAAGUCUACUCUAAACAACUGGAGAGCGAGCUGGAGACGCUCAAGGUCAGAGGUCACUCAUUCAUACACUGCCUCUUUACUGACUUCAGCCAACUUAUGAACAAAAUAUUUACACAAUUAUGUGGGAGGACUUGUGUGCUGUUCUAUGAGGAGGAGCUGGUGAGACAUGAUGCCAGCCACACUACAGAGCUGAAGAACCUGAGGAAGGAGCUCCAUGACUCUGAGGGUCAACAGCUGUCACUGCACAAAGAGCUGCUGGUGCUCAAAGAUAAACUGGAAAAGGCCAAGAGAGAGCGGCAAACCGAGAUGGACGAGGCCAUGGGUGCGCUGAAGGAGAAGUUUGAACGUGAACGCAACCUUCUGAGUGAAGAAAACCGUAAACUCACUGCAGAAACAGACAGGCUCUGCAACUUUGUGGACAAGCUGACGGCUCAGAACAGGCAGCUGGAGGAUGAGCUCCAGGAUCUGGCAUCGAAGAAAGAGAGUGUAGCACACUGGGAAGCACAGAUCGCUGAGAUUAUCCAAUGGGUGAGCGAUGAGAAAGAUGCACGUGGCUACCUUCAGGCUCUGGCCUCCAAGAUGACGGAAGAGUUGGAGUCUCUGCGUAGCUCAAGUCUGGGAUCCAGAACGCUGGAUCCUUUGUGGAAGGUGCGCCGCAGUCAAAAGUUGGACAUGUCUGCCCGUCUGGAGCUGCAGUCGGCCUUGGAAGCUGAAAUCCGUGCCAAGCAACUGGUUCAGGAUGAGCUGCGCAAGGUCAAAGCUGCCAACAUCUCUUUCGAGAGCAAACUGAAGGAUACAGAGGCCAAGAACAAAGACUUGGAGGAACAGCUCGAGAAUAUGAAGAAGGAGAUGGAGGAGAGCCGCUCACGAUCAGACAAAGGCCUGAAACUGCCUGACUUCCAGGAUUCCAUCUUUGAGUACUUCAAUACCUCUCCCCUCGCCCAUGACCUGACAUUCAGAGACUCUGUCUCCUCCUCAUCCGCAUCUUCUCUGCUUGCAUUUUGGGAUGAAACAAGCUCCGUCGGUGAUGUGGACGCCACACCCCAGAAGACAGACAUCCCUACUGCCUCCCUAUCAGUGGCUUCAGAACAGGAUGAACCAGUCAAGCCUCAAGCGACCACCCCUGCUACCCCAUCUCCAAUCUAUCAGCCCACGCUAAGUGCGCCAAAGCCUAAAGCUCAUCAGCUGAGCAUUAAGACUUUCUCCAGCCCGACCCAGUGCACUCACUGUACCUCCCUGAUGGUGGGCCAGAUCCGACAGGGUUAUGCCUGUGAGGUAUGCUCUUUCAUCUGCCACGUGUCCUGUAAAGACAAUGCGCCCCAGGUUUGCCCCAUUCCUCCAGAGCAGGCCAAGAGGCCUCUGGGUAUUGAUGUGCAGAGGGGCAUUGGCACAGCGUACAAAGGUUUUGUCAGGAUCCCGAAGCCCACAGGAGUGAAGAAGGGCUGGCAGAGGGCAUAUGCUGUAGUGUGUGACUGUAAGCUUUUCCUCUAUGAGGUGCCAGAGGGGAAGUCCACUCAGCCUGGUGUGAUGGCCAGUCAGGUCCUCGACUUGAGAGAUGAAGAGUUCUCUGUAAGCUCUGUGUUGGCAUCUGAUGUGAUCCAUGCCAGUCGUAAAGACAUUCCCUGCAUAUUUAGGGUAGCAUCAUCCGCUUCGAACUCUCCAGUCCGGCCGGUGCCUCUGCUGGUGUUAGCUGAGAGUGAGGCGGAGAAGAGGAAGUGGGUGGGCAUUCUAGAGGGCCUGCAGAACAUCCUGGCCAAGAACCGCCUGAAGAACCGUGUGGUGCAUGUCCUGCAUGAGGCCUACGACAGCAGCCUGCCUGCCAUCAAAACUACACUCUCUGCUGCCAUCGUAGAUCGAGAACGAAUUGCGUUGGGGACAGAAGAUGGCCUGUUUGUAGUCGAGAUCACCAGAGAUGUCAUUGUUCGUGCUGCUGACUGUAAAAGAGCCUGCCAGAUUGAGCUCAUGCCCAAAGAGAAGAUGGUGGCCCUGCUUUCUGGCCGUAACCGCCAUGUCCAUUUAUACCCCUGGGCGGCACUGGAGGGUGCGGAUGUUAAUUUCGAUGCCAAGUUGACGGAUACAAAAGGCUGCCAGGCUAUGACCAUAGGUACCCUACGCCCCGGUGGUCCAGCGUGUCUCCUAGCAGGUGUGAAGCGGCUGGUCAUCUGCUACGAAAUCACUCGCGUAAAGCCCCAUCACCGUAAGCUGUGGGAGGUGCAGGCGCCUGGUAUCGCCCAGUGGCUGGGUAUUAUUCGUGAUCGGCUGUGCGUGGGUUACCCGUCGGGCUUCGCUCUGCUGGCCAUGCAGGGAGAGUCGUCACCGGUGAGUCUGGUGAGCCCGGGAGAUCCCUCGCUUGCCUUUUUGGCCCAGCAAUCACUGGAUGCACUGCACGCUAUGGAGGUGGGGGCCAAUGAACUGCUGCUGUGCUUCAGUCAGCUGGGAGUGUACGUGGACGCGACGGGACGACGCUCACGAACGCAGGAGCUGAUGUGGCCCGCCACACCGCUUGCCUGCAGCUCAAACUCGAACUACCUGACGGUGUACAGUGAUUAUGGAGUAGAUGUGUUUGACGUCCACACCACAGAAUGGGUCCAGACCAUCUCAUUAAGAGGAAUUCGGCCCCUGAAUGUGGAGGGCAGUCUGAACCUGUUUGGCUCCGAGCAGCCCCAUCUCAUCUACUUCAGCAACAACUCCUCAGAUGGCUGUGAUCUAGCCAUCCCUGAGACCUCAGACAACAGCAAGAAGCUGAUGGUGAGGACACGCAGCAAGAGGAAGUUCCUUUUUAAAGUACCAGAGGAGGAGCGGCUGCAGCAGAGAAGGGAGAUGCUGAGGGAUCCUGAAAUGAGAUCCAAGCUGAUCUCCAACCCCACCAACUUCAACCACGUGGCUCACAUGGGCCCAGGCGACGGCAUGCAAGUCCUCAUGGAUCUUCCUCUGAGUGUGAUGCCCUCUUCUCAGGACGACCUGUCUAAAGACAAGCCCCGGCCUCUGUCCAGCAUCUCACGGCAACAGAGGAGUAAGACCCACAUCACCCGCACUGCCUCAGGAGGAGGAGAUUUUGGAGGAGCAGGGUCAUCUCGCAGUAUUUCUGAUCAAGAUCAAGACUUUGAGAGAGAGCCCGACUCUGACUCAACCAAACAUUCCACCCCCUCCAACAGCUCCAACCCCAGCAGCCCCCCGAGCCCCAACUCUCCCCACCGCAGUCAGCUCACUCUGGACAGCCUGGAUCAAUCCCUGGACGGCUGAAAACGGACAGCUCCCUUUUUUUCACCCAGCGCACACCCUAGACACGCCCUCCCAUAUCCAUCCGCUCUACUAGGACUCACUAAGAAGUGCCAAGACUCUUACAAAAAGUCACCUGCUCAUCCACAACAAGGGCCAAAGGUUUACCCCAAAUCCUGCUGCUGGGUAGACGCCUCCAUCUCCACAAGAGCAGCGUGCUGGGUGUGUGCUGACAGGCACGGGCGAAGCCACCAAAAGAAAGAAAAAACAUAAAAGCCUGCCCCCUGGUGGAAAUGUCAUGGUAUUACACUAACUGGGUCAGAUUAGCAGUAUGAUGGAUUUUUAUUUUAUUUUAAAUCUGAAUAUCAUGCCAUGCUCCUGCAAGUUUUUUUUAUUAAAAAAAAAAAUUAUUAUUUACUUUAGUAAAUGAACAUGCAUUACAUCUGCUGUGUCAGAAUUGCUUCUGGAUUCUUAGCUUCCCUUCAAAGUACCGAAUUGAUGGGAAAGGAGACUUCUUAUGCUGUUUUUAAAUGUAUAUUAUCAGGAACACUCACCAAGGGGGCCGAAGAGAGGAGCGUAUCGGGAAGAAAGAAACUGAGGACGAUAUAGAACUGUGACAUUCUUGGACCAGUAACAUGAUUCGUCCCGGACCGGUGAAAACGUCUCAUAUGAGCAAUAAAUCGGUGACAAGAGACUUCGGGGGUUUAAAGCCAAACCAGAGGGCACUUUUAUUAUGUAAUUUCUCUUUCUCUCUCAAGUUCUGCAUUUAAACCAGCUUUUAUAAUAUUCAUAUUUUAACUUAGGUGUUUCCCACAAAGAUAUCUAGUUCAGCUUAUAACAAAAAAGAAAGCAACAAAAAGGAAGACUUUACAUAGAUAAGUGUUUUAAUAAAAAUACAAAGGAGAACGGCACACAGCUACUAUUCAUAGGAUUUCAGUAGUUCCUCUUAAGCUGCUACUGCUGCUUUGUGUGCUCUUAUUUAAAAAUGAAAGUUAAAAAAAUAUAUAUGUGAUAAGGUUAUCUCACCAUAGCCAUGCUCUGAUUCUGGUUUAUGAUGUUUGAUAUCAGGACGCUGAUAUGAGUUUGUUUGUUGACAUGCUUAAGAUCCGCAGGCAUAUCCAUUAUCACUCGAGUGUGUUUUCAGUGCCAACUUUAGUUUCCGUAAUAAACUGUCCGUUAAAGCAUUUCAGUGGUUUUGACGAGGCUGACGGUAUUAUGUUUUCCCCCCGCCCUUCUGAAACACUGUAAGACACUUGCACACGUUUGUUUAGUCUAAGGAUAUGAUUUUGUGUGAAUGGUUUUUCCUGUACCUCCUUUUUCUCCCCCAUACUUCACUUGUCCGCUUCAUCAGAUGGAAGUUUAUCCUCGGAACACUACUGCUUUUACUUUAAAAGAAAAAAAGAAUCACAGGUUGAAAUCUUUGUAAUUAUUGACUUGUUAGCCACAUAAAUUUGAACAAACAAUAAAAGAGUACCUGUCGUGCUUUUUUGUUGAA